AUGACAGAUACAAAGAUUAACAUGUCUGAAUUCUCUAAUAAAAGUACUGAAGAUUUAUCUAAUAAUGAAAAUACUAUAUCAAAUGUUAGUAAAAAUUUGUUCCAAAUUUCAAAUUCUAUUUCAGAUGGAUAUAGACCUUUAUUUAAAAAAAAGUGUUGUCAAAUUGAAUAG